GAUUCACGUGACUGUCACAUGAUUUUGAAACCGGAACUUGCCGUAGAGAGGCUUUGGACAAUUAAUUUAUGAAAUGCAGAGCAAACACUGACAACUAACUGCAAGACAUAAUAGUCAGCAAAGCUAAAGGUUCAUAAUGAGUGAUGAACACUACUACCUAGAACUUUGUGAUAAUCCUGUGCAAUUUGAAAAUGCCUCAAGCGUCAACAAUGUGUUUUUUGACGAAGCAAACAAACAGGUGUUUGCGGUGCGAUCGGGGGGUGCCACUGGGGUUGUGGUUAAAGGACCAGAGGACAAAAGCUCAGUUGCCUUCAGAAUGGAUGACAAAGGAGAGGUGAAGUGCAUCAAGUUUUCGAUCGGAAAUAAGAUUUUGGCAGUUCAGAGAACACCAAAAUCUGUGGAUUUCAUAAACUUCAUACCGGAUUAUCCACAUUUGGAAUUCUCACAGGAAUGUAAGAUGAAGAAUGCCAGUAUUUUGGGCUUCUGUUGGACUAACUGGAAUGAAAUCGUUUUCAUCACUGACCAGGGAAUUGAGUUCUACCAGGUGCUUCCUGACAAGCGUAGCCUGAAGCUGCUGAAGAGUCAGAGCAUCAAUGUGAACUGGUACAUGUACUGUCCUGAGACUGCAGUCAUUCUACUCUCUACCACCUUCCAGGGCAAUGUGCUGCAGCCGUUUGCCUUCAAAAGUGGGACCAUGUCUAAAAUGUCCAAGUUUGAGAUCGAGCUUCCGGUGGUUCCCAAGCCAGCCAAGCUCAAUCUAUCAGAGAGGGACAUUGCUGUGGCCAACAUUUACGGUCAGCUGUAUGUAAUGUAUCUGAAGCAUCACUCCAGAACUACCGACAGUCCCUGUGCUGAGGUGGUCCUCUAUCAGCUACCCAGGGAGGGAUCCUGUAAGAAGACCAACGUGUUAAAUCUCAACACCACAGGGAAGUUUGCCCUCAACGUGGUGGAUAACCUGGUGGUAGUGCAUCAUCAGAGCACUCAGACCUCCAUCAUAUUUGACAUCAAGCUGCGGGAGCCCGACUGUGCCCUGAACGUCCACCAGCCUGUGCUGCCUCCUCGCUCCAUACACCCCUACAGGAUUCCCCUCACAGGUCCUUCUGCUGUACCCAGCCAGCCUCCAGUGCCUUGUGAGCUCUACUCCUCAUCUUGGAGCGUCUUUCAACCCGACAUCAUAAUCAGUGCAAGCGAAGGAUAUCAGUGGUAUCUGCAGGUGAAGCUGCCGCCCACCGUCAACCUCCUGCAGGACAAGGGCAAGCUGAUCGACUUCCUCCUGCGCAGACGAGACUGCAAGAUGGUCAUCCUGUCCGUGUGCUCACAAAUGCUCAACGGGGAAGACAAGGGGAGCUUACCAGUGGUGGCCACAGUGUUCGACAAACUCAACCAAGUCUUCAAAGAGUACCUGGAGGCAGAGCAGACCUACACUGUGGCUAUGGAGUCUGGUCCCAGCCGAGGCAGCGCUGCUCGGGAGAGGCCUGUCCGGACGCAGGCGGUUAUCGACCAGUCCGACAUGUACACACACGUCCUGUCCUCCUUCACAGAGAAAAAGGACGUAUCUCACAAAUUCAUCAUUGCUGUGCUGAUGGAGUACAUCCGCUCACUCAACCAGGUCCAGAUCACUGUGCAGCAUUACCUGUAUGAGCUGGUCAUUAAGACAUUGGUUCAUCACAGCCUCUUCUACAUGCUUCAUCAGUUCCUCCAGUACCACGUCCUCAGUGACUCUAAACCUCUGGCCUGUUUGCUGCUGUCUCUAGAAGGCACUUACCCCGCUGCACACCAGCUCUCCCUGGACAUGUUAAAGAGACUGUCCACGGCCAACGAUGAGAUUGUGGAAGUACUCCUGUCCAAACAGCAGGUGCUGGGUGCUCUGCGCUUCAUCCGCAGCGUGGGAGGCAACGACAACAUCUCCGCUCGCAAGUUUCUGGACGCGGCGCUCCAGACGGCCGACCAGAUGCUCUUCUACACCAUCUUCCGGUUCUUUGAGCAGAGGAACCUGCGCCUGAGGGGCAGCCCCAGCUUCAACCCAGGUGAGCACUGUGAGGAACACGUGGUAUACUUCAAGCAAGUUUUCGGGGAGCAAGCACUCAUGAAGCAAGCAACAGUUUGAGCUGUGACAUUUCAUCUUAUCCCACAGCCCGUUUAACUUAUUGUAAAUUGUUGAAAUCAUGCUAAUAAAGUAAUUUGUACAUACUCUAACAAUCAAUUUUGUAUUAAAUGUCAUGCUUUAUUCUGCUUGACAAAAUGUCCUUCUGACUAGCCCUGGGUCAGAAGGACACGCAACGGAAAACGAAAAGGAGUGUUUCUUAUUGGACAAGUCAAGGUAGUCCCUCUGCCUAAUCAACACAAACUUGGCUUAUGGUUUGAAAAAUGAUCAUGUCAGCUUCUAUUACAGAUGGAAAACCUGAUAAAUAACCCAUACAGUGUAGAUUAAACUUUAUUUUACAGCAUCGUAGCAUCUA